AUGCGCAGCCCGUAUCCAUGGAGGCAGGUCGCGCGCGUAACCGUGACGACAACCCCAGUUUACCGACUCUGAGCCCCGGACUGACCAGCGUUCGGCACAUUGUCACCAAACUCGAAGCUGAAUACGCUCGUGCCGUGGCAACCAACGCUACUGGCAACGAAAUUGUCAAAUACAAAGCCAAUGAAGACAACGAUUACUAUAACUACCCUUUCGAUUCGAAAGUGCACGUGUUCAAUAGAUUCGUUGUCAACUGUUUAGUGGCAUUCAGCAAAUGCAUACCUAGUGUUACAUUCGCGAAUUUCGGUUUCAUCGCCGUGACUACGGGCUUGUUUGCCCCGAGGAUGAUAUCUUAUUUGGUACUGUAUCCGUUUUGCAGAUUGGUAUUUGGAACUCUCUACCCGGCGUAUGCUUCAUAUAAAGCUGUGCGGACGAAGAACCUAAAAGAAUACGUAAAAUGGAUGAUGUACUGGAUCGUUUUCGCAUUGUUCACAUGCACCGAGACUUUCACCGAUGUUUUCCUCUCGUGGUUCCCAUUCUACUACGAGGUGAAGAUAGUGCUCGUGCUAUGGCUGCUGUCUCCAGCUACGAAGGGUUCCUCGAUUCUCUACAGAAAGUUUGUUCAUCCCGCGCUAUGCAGGCGAGAACAGGAGAUCGAUGAGUACAUAGCGAAAGCCAAAGACCAGGGUUACCACACGGUGCUCAAUUUGGGCACCAAAGGCGUCAACUAUGCCACCACUGUUAUUAUGCAAACUGCUAUCAAAAACUUCAAUCUACCGAGUCCCGUGCAAGAUGAGGGUAGACGGGCGAUACAGAGUCGUGACGUCACCGAUUAUCCCGACUAUGAAGAUAUUGAAUACCAGAACACGGACAAUUUGCCUGGUAUCGUGGAAAUAGUGGAACUCGAUCACGAUGACAAUCAAGACUUGCGCAUGGCCGAAGGAGAUGUCAACGAUCCCGAUUACGAUCCAGACAACACGUCAGCCCGCAGUCGCGGUAACGUCGUACGUAAACGGAAACCCGUGAAGGAGAAACGACCCAGGAGCCGAUCUAGGGGACGUCGCACCAGGAGCCAAACUGCUGUGGACAAAGACAAACCAGCAGUGAUGGGUGGCGGCGGCUUGGUCCAGCAGCUACGUAAGAGCUACAGCCUCUCCGACCUGAGCGAGUGCGAACCGAGAGAAGAGCGCGGCGCAGAUGAAGCAGACGACGUACUCGCCGAACCGAGACUCAUUCGACGAGUUGUUAAAAGCGGAUAUGCGACUCGGAGGAGUGCGUCGGAGUCAAACAACCGCUCGCCCAUAUACUUUCCCGAAGUGGACGUGGACGUACGUAACACGCGCAGUCGCAUGGACGAACCUGAUUUCAGUCAUAUAAAGUCAACCGAAGACAUAAGCUCCGGUUACUCCAGCGCGGAGAACUCAGCUUCGCUAACACGCACGGCGUCCGUUGGCGCUUCGAGAUCGCGCGCACGCACUACGCGCACCACCGUCACCACCAUCAAGCGACCGCAAGCCGCUGAGGAUGAUCACGUUAUCAUCGAGGAGCCUCACGACGACGAUAGCUUUGAUUAUACAAACAUGCCCCCUCUCGUUAAUUUUACAUCCCCUCUCCUCUUAUCCAACACUGAUCCACCAUUUAUUUAUCAGUACGUAGGAGAUCAGAUUAAAAUUAUCAAAUUAUUAAGUAACAAUCCCUUGAGCAACGAAUUCAAUAGUAAAAAUGAUAAUUCAGAUAAACUGGACCAAAAUAAAGCCUCUGAGGAACUCUCGUCGAUAACAAACAUAUAUAUUAAUAAUUCUAAAUCUGACGAAACUUUAACUGAUGAAGACAUUAUAACUCACAUUCCUGAUAAAAUUCAGAGCGAAGGCAAGAAUGACAAUCAUGUCUAUGAAUCUAAGACAACUGAAAUCUCAAACCAAAUAGGUUCAAGCUUAGAAGAAAAUCACAAAUAUGAAAUCAUAGACAUAAACAACCAAAAAAGCAAGCAGUUCAUUGACAAGAGUGUUCCAGAAGAAUUAAAUCACGAAACUACUCUUGGGGAUUUUAAUACAGAAGCUAGCGGUACUUAUAAUAUUGUAAGCGAUAAUCUCAAAAGAAAAUCUAGUGAUAAUAAUGUAAUGGAAAAAUUAAUUGAUGCUACCUCAGAUUGUACACAUGAUAUGUCAGAGUCAAAUGACUACGAUUCUGCAGUAAGCGAUGAUGAAUUUUCUUUUGGAACUCCUGUGUCUACCCCUAAGAUUUGGCGAAAAGAAAUAAGGGGCAAGUAUGGUAAAGAUAAAGCUCCUCCACCACCGAAGGUAAUUGAAACCGUGAUUCAAGAACCAAAUAUAGGUAAAACACAAAUAAAUGAUCCUUCGCAUAAUUUAGCUAAUAAUAAUGAGGAUCGGAUACAAAAUGUUAGUAAAAAUGACACACAGAAAACUAAUAUCGAGACUGAUAACUUCCUUGGACAAGAAAAGUUCGUUAAUGUUGCUAACGAUACGCCCGAAAUUACUUUAGAACAAGAUAGUUUAAUACCACUGUCUGUAAAGGAAAUAUCACGGCAAUCGAAAUCUCCCGAGAGAAAUUUUAAAGGUUCUUCUACUUUUGGAAAACUACUACAACUACCAAGUAAAUUAGCUUUUUGGAAUAAGACUGACGAUAAAUCAAUAGCUGAAAAUCUGUUAGAUUCCAGUAGAAGAUCAUCACGAGAAAACAUUGCAGACAGUUUUCAAAGUUGUUCUAAUUUAAAUCUUUCAACUUCUACUAACGAAGGUCUAAGCCAAUCAACUGAAGUAUUCGAUACAGACACUAAAUUUAAUGGGGACAGUUUACCUAAUGAUAUUUUCUUGAAAAGUGACGCAUUGCAGAAUGUUAUUGAUGCAAAGUUAGAAGAGAUGCAUCCUGAAUUUAAAUUCGUUUCUUUACACGAUGAAAUACCUACAACAUCAAAAAGUACAGAUGUUUGAAUUAAAUUGAUCCUAAAUUCCCAUCUCCAUUUAUUUAGAGGUCCAGCAUCAAACAGCAAUGCUGUCGGCCUCUGCUACAAUACCUCGCGCAAAAAAAUCUAAUAAAAGGAAAACACAAUAA